AAUCCAGUCAGGGUUGGAACCAUGGCGGUGGCCAAGGAGCUCUUACAGAUGGACCUGUACGCGUUAUUAGGUAUCGAGGAGGAGGCGACGGACAAAGAGAUGAAGAAGGCAUAUAGGCAGAAGGCCCUCUCCUGCCACCCAGACAAAAAUCCGGAUAAUCCCAAAGCAGCUGAACUCUUCCAUCAGCUUUCUCAGGCCUUGGAGGUACUGACCGAUGCUGCCGCCAGGGCUGCAUAUGACAAGGUCAGGAAAGCCAAGAAGCAGGCAGCAGAGAGGACCCAGAAACUUGAUGAGAGAAGGAAGAAAGUGAAGCUUGACCUGGAGGCCCGGGAGCGGCAGGCCCAGGCCCACGGCAGCGACGAGGAGGAGAAGGAGGAGAGCCGGAGCACCGGGACACUAGAGCAAGAGAUCAGACGCCUGCGAGAAGAGGGUUCCCGGCAGCUGGAGGAGCAGCAGAGGGUGAUCCAGGAGCAGAUACGCCAGGAACGGGAACAGAGGUUGAGAGGAAUGGCAGAAAAUCCUGAAAGCAAAGGAACCCCCAAGCUAAAGGUGAGCCCUGCGGAUCUACAGGCCACCUCACACCAUCUCCUCUCAGCAGAACAGAUGAUUCCAUGGGCACAGCUCAAGUGGAAGAGCAAGAAGGAGGCCAAGUCACAAGGCGGCUAUUCCAGAGAUGUCCUCCUGCGGCUUUUUCAAAAGUACGGAGAGGUGCUCAACCUGGUACUGUCCAGUAAGAAGGCAGGCACCGCCGUGGUGGAGUUUGCAACCAUCAAGGCUGCGGAGCUGGCUGUCCAGAAUGAAGUGGGCCUAGUCGAUAACCCUCUGAAGAUUUCCUGGUUGGAGGGACGGCCCCAGAGCACAAUGGGCCCUAACCACCCAGGACUGUCCCAGGUCUCCCACUUUCCUCUCCAGCCUGGAUUGGACCACUUUUGCCCAGACCUGUCCUGUAACCUCGUUCUGUUGACGGUGGCUUCAGAGGGAGCUGGCGCAGGGCACCCAUCUGUCAUGCCCAGUCUGCGCGUCCUCCACUCCCGGACUCACCCCUUAUGCCGCCCUCCCUCUCUGCUGGCCUCUGCCUGGUCCCUGUGGUUGCAGGCAUUGCCUCCCUUUCCCAGCCUAGCUAGCUGCCUUCAGGGCUCCUGCCAGCAGGUGCCCCCCUCACAUUUCCAGCUUGCCUCUGUACCUCUGUCCUCCACUCUGGGGUGACUCAGAGAACUGUUCAGGACCCAGAGGGAAGACAGGGACCUGGAUUCCUAUCCUUACCUUAAUCCACGACUGUCCCCUCUUCUGGGUCCCCAGGCUUCUGGCUCUUUCACCCACCUCUGCCCACCCUUCCCCCAUUCAGAAGCUGGGCUCACUGGGAAAUUGCUCCCUCAGCAUCUGUAGAACUUCCUCAAGAAGUGAAAUCCCGAGGUCCACUUUGAAGGAGAAGAAGGGAUCACUGAGGUCCGGAGCAGGUGUCCUCUGGAAGGGGGGCGUGUCCAAAAGGUCCUCAUCGGAGUAUUGGUGGAGGGCGUCCGCCAGGGAGAGCGCGGAGGGCAGGGUGGCAGAGUAGGUUGCGGUGUAGGUGGAUGGGG